UUGAUAUUGGUUUUAAUAACCACUUUUAGCUAUACACAGAAUGAACAGUAUUUCUAAAGUAUUCGCAUAUAGUCUGUACAUGUACACAGUUGUUUUUUAUUCUAACUGCUGCUAUACACUCAGUCCACACCUGACUUUGCACUAAUGUAAGUUGCCCAAUAUCAUUGCUUUGUGUUGUUUCCAUCGAGCUGCAGACCUAGUCUCAUUGCACUGUGCAGUUGGACGGAAUGCAGUGACAAUAAAUGUCUUCUUCUGCAUAUUUAUUCUGGUUGUUUAUGCCCGGUUUUUAACACGUUUUAACAUCCUAGCAUUUUAAACUAAUACGAUAACAAUAAAACUCACAUCACACGCAUAAAGCGUUACAUUGCAAACAGUGAAGUAUGAAUGAGCUGUAGGUGUGUGAGAAAUAAGGCUUUGACUAAUAAAUACGUUAUUUUUUGUUAAUGCAAAUUCUUGCUCUGUAAUUUACAUACACGCUGCAUAUUUAUAUGAGGGUAAUAGCUGAGUUUGUCCUCCACUACAUCCACGCCGCGCUGCGCAGUCUCUCUGCUCCAUGCGCUCUGUAGCGGCCCUGCCCCUCUCCCAUAGCCCAGCCUCCUUGAUCCCCUUCGUCCACUGGUAUGUUUGGGGUCUCUCUCUCUCUCUCUUCCAUAGGUAGUCCAUAAUGAGUGUCCAUUGGUUUUAUUAAGGCUUGCCCUCCUCCCUCCCACUGGCCCGCUUCGCCCAGCCCAUGUUUUCUAUGUCUCAGUCCGUUCACCGCCUGACGUUCAAGUUCGCAGGAACGUCACGUCCGCACUUGAACUUGCAGCUCAGAGGGGGCUUCGCCGUAUACCCCAUCACUCUCUCUCUCUCUCUCUCUCUCUCUCUCUCCCUCUUUGGAGGAAAAGUCAUGAAGAGCUCCACACAGCCCGUCGCGCGUUACGCAUCUCGCUCCGUUUGAUCCGCAGCUCUGCUUCUGUUUUUUGUCCCUUUUCUUCCUUCAUCCGGAUGACAGACGCAUCAAUGAAGAUUUUUUUAUUUGGAGUGUACGUCGUAGGAACGGAUUUCCCAAUGUGAACUCAGCUGAAAAGUCCUCGCCGAACCGACCAUGUCUCGCCGCAAGCAAGGCAAACCCCUGCACUUGAGCAAACGGGAGUUUUCGCCUGAGCCACCCUCAGGUGUUUUAGCCGAAGAAGACUCUCAGGACUCCCCCAGGCUGGGUGUGGCUCAGGAUGAGCCCCUGAAAGGGGACCCGGACCUGCUCACCUGCGGGCAGUGCCACACCCGUUUUCCCCUGGCUGACAUCCUGCUGUUCAUUGAGCACAAACGGAGGCAGUGCCACGGCAGCCUCUGCUCGGACAAGCCUCCGGACAGGCCGCCGUCCUCACCACUCGCCUCGCCCCUCUCCACGUCCUCAUCUCACUCUCGAAACCAACAGCAGCACCCGCAGAAGGCACGUCACCCAGUGGAGGUGGCCAUACAGGUGUCCCCUCUGGACGAGGAUUGUUUAUCUGCGCCCUUGCAAGGAAUUAUCCCCAAGCAGGAGAAUGUCACAGAUAAAGAUGAGCCCAGCAGUUACACCUGCACCACAUGCAAACAGCCCUUUACCAGUGCUUGGUUUCUGCUCCAGCAUGCCCAGAACACUCAUGGCUUCCGCAUCUAUCUGGAGAGUGAACCUGGCAGCCCUCUCACCCCACGUGUAGCUGCCGCUCCAGGGAUGGGGGGCGAUUGUGCCUCCUCCCAGCCGCCCCUCCAUGCGGUUCACUUAGCAGAUGGCAGCCCUUUCAGCCUCUUGAGGAUGCCGGGUUCAGGGUCUGGCCGGGAUUCAGCAUCCACACCGCGCGAGGGCCGUUACCCCCGAACUCCCCCAUUGUUCAGCCCACCGCCACGCCACCAUCUCAGCCCCGAUGAUCUUGCCCUGGCAACCCACCAUCCAAGCGCCUUCGACAGAGUGAUGAGGCUAAACUCAGUGCCAUUAGAUCCCAAUCAGAGCAUGGACUUCUCUAGACGUCUGAGGGAGCUUGCUGGCAAUGCCACUGGUGGUUCUCCGCCUCUCUCCCCUAACAGACCUAACCCUAUGCAACGGCUGCUACAGCCAUUCCAGCCAGGUUCCAAGCCUCCAUUUACAGCCACUCCUCCUCUCUCCACCUCUCAGUCUCCAUCUGGUUCUCGCUCCACCCCUAAUCCUGUAUCAAAUGCUGUCCAGCCAGGUACUCCUCUCAAGGCAAAGUCUUGUGAGUUCUGCGGGAAGACCUUCAAGUUCCAGAGUAACCUUAUCGUGCACCGGCGAAGUCAUACCGGGGAAAAGCCAUUCAAGUGUCACCUCUGCAACCAUGCGUGCACACAGGCCAGCAAGCUAAAGCGUCACAUGAAGACGCACUGUCAGAACAAGUCAUCGGCACUUAAUGCCAAGUCAGACGACGGCCUCUCAACUGCCAGCUCGCCUGAACCUGGCACCAGUGACAUAUUGGCCAGUGCCACGGAUGCUCUCAAGUCUGUGGUAGCCAAGUUCAAAAGUGAGAACAAUGGAAUUAUGCCUGAAAAUGAAGAAGAAGAAGAGCAGGAUGAGGAUGAAGAAGAGGAGGAGGAAGAGGAGGAAGAAGAGGAGGAAGAAGAAGAGGAGGAAGGAGAGGAGGAGGAAAUUGACAGUAAGCCAAGAGUUGAAGAAGGGGGAAGAAAUAACUACCGCUUCAGCCUGCGGCUGGAAGGGGCCCGCCACCACCAGAACAGUGAUGCUCUACACCCACAUCGCCGGAGCUUGUCUCGAGAGCCUGCCGAUGAUGACUCAGCUGUUGAAUUAGACCGUGCAGAUGAUGCAUCAACCACUUCCUUCAAUGGGCUUGGACCCCUAUCCAAUGACAGCCUCUCUAGAAAGCUGCUGGGUGGCAGGAUUAGUCCUGGCUCACUCAGCCCUCUAUCCAAGCGCAUCAAGGUAGAAAAAGACCUUGAUCCCCCUACUCCUACCAUCCCCAACACUGAUAAUGUCUAUUCUCAGUGGCUAGCUGGUUAUGCUGCCUCCCGGCAACUCAAGGACCCCUUCAUCAACUUUACAGGCGGGGACUCCAGACAAUCACCCUUUACCUCCUCAUCCGAGCACUCAUCAGAAAAUGGCAGUUUGCGCUUCUCUACUCCGCCUGGUGAGCUCGACGGUGAACGGGCACCUUCAGGACGCAGCGGCACAGGCAGCGGUGCCAGCACUCCGCAUGGCGGUAGCGGAAAUGGCCGGCCGAGCUCCAAGGACGGCCGCCGCAGCGACACCUGUGAAUUUUGCGGCAAGGUUUUCAAGAACUGCAGCAACCUCACAGUGCACCGGCGCAGCCACACUGGAGAGCGACCAUACAAGUGUGAGCUGUGCAGCUAUGCGUGUGCCCAGAGCUCGAAACUCACCCGCCACAUGAAGACCCACGGACAGAUGGGCAAGGACGUGUACAAAUGUGAAAUUUGCCACAUGCCUUUCAGUGUGUACAGCACUCUAGAAAAACACAUGAAGAAGUGGCACAGUGACCGCCCUCUGGCUAAUGACAUUAAAACUGAAUAGGCAAAAAACAGUUCUCUCUCAGCCCCUCCACCCCCCCCCACCCCCCCACCCCCCAGCUAAAAAGCAACCCUGGCUAUGUAGCCAAUAAGCAUUGGGGAAAAGACAACAGGGUUCGACACCGGAAUGCCGUGCAGCCCUGCUCUCCAUCCCCUUCUGGAGAAAACUUGAUGCAUGAUCCAGUACUGGGGCAAUACUAUUGCAUCAGAACUUUUUGAGCCUUUCUAUUGUGCAAUAAUUUACACAUUUUGUAUUUUUUGUAACUGGACAGCAUGCUUGGUGUGUUUUGGCUACUUAAAGAGAAAACUGUCCUUGGCUGGAGGAUUUUGGUUGUACAUGUGUUGCUGUUGGUACUUUUGAUUUUUCACUGCGUAAGAAAAAAAACAGUCAGUUCUAACCCACGCUGCAUACAGUACAUACUGUUUUACAUAUCAUGUACAGUUUUGCGCUCAAACAUAGCAGACAGUGUCAUAUAGUCAAACCAUCAAGACAAGCAGGGUCAGACAUAAAACCGAUCUUUGUGAAAGAUUUUCCAUGCAACAUUGAGAUGACGUAUUUAUCCAUAUGUAUAUAAACAUUGGGCUGCCUAUGAAAUGCUAGGCACUAGCGCCAUUAAAUAUUUCUUUUACAAACAUCAAUGAAACAAAACUAACAAUGUGGUGUGACAUGACGACAGAGUGCCUUGGAUAUUUUACCUGCAUCAGUUAAUACUCCUUUUUGCUCUAAGCUCGGAGUUUCAGCUAUAAAUGAUUACAGGACACGGGGAAGAUGCAGGUCCUUGCAUCAAGCACCUGCACAACCUGAUUGUUGUAUUUUUGGUUUUUGCAGAACAUAGGGAACCAGCUGAGACAAACCUAGAAAAAAAAAGAUUUAAUGUAUCUCUGGUAAAUCAUUUAACUGCCUGACUCAUACAUAUUAAUGCUUUCAUGAUUACAGUUCUGUUUACUGGCAUGUUACAUGCUUAAAAGGGGUCAGAGGUUUUUGGUUUUGGUGUUUGUGUUUGGUACAACUGAAAAAAAGGUACUGUGACAAGUUGUUUUACCAACGUGAAGCUCUUAAAGGUUUCAAAGUGUUUAUAUUCUUUGAAAAUGUUUUUCCUUUUGUGCUAGCCAUUUAAGCUGUUAUUUCAGAAGUCACUCGAAGACAAAGCGGGAUUUAGUUCUUGCAACUCAAAUAGACUAAAGGAGAGGGAUCUGGGUUUAGGAGCAUGAGGGUGGGUGAAUGUUAGAGAUGAACCAGUCAGGCUUUUCUUUGCCGAUACCAUUUUGUGAUUUUCUGUUGAGAUCUGACCUGCCAGUUCCAUAGCACACAAAAGAGAAGAAGACGUACUGCUGAUCCUGUUAUUGAGGUAUUAGUUUUGAAUCCAACAUAAAGUACAUUAAAUUAUAUAACUCUAAUCUUUAUCUUAAGUUAUUCAACUCAAAAAAGUGUAUCAACAGUGUUUAUAGACUGAAAAUGGCAGGAACAUUGAAUUAAUAGGGGAAAGAUUUCAAGUUUUUAAGCAUUUUACCUACCGAUCAAGUAAAAUUGGCCAAGUCUUAUCUCUGACCGACUAAUUAGUGCAUCUCCAGUGAUUUAGUUUAACAAGUGUCUGACAGGAUUAACAUGCGUCCACAACCAAAAUCCAAUUUUUAUUAAACAAAAAGUGCAUCCAAGUACAUGCUGUUGGUUGAUGUGUUUGUAGAUCAAAAAUGAUGUAGAUUUUGAGCAUUUAAUCUAUCGGAAAAUUGGUUCAUUCUGAUCGCUGGGUGAUGAGUUGGUGAAUCUCUAGAGGUUACGUUUAACAAAAAAAUCCUUAGAGUGAAAACCUAUUUUCCGCAUUAUGUUUUGAAAACUGACUGUCUAAGAAAUAAAUAAUUUCAAUUAAAAAAAUAAUCCCCCCCUAUACAUACAUACUAGAAAGGUCAAUUUGUUUUAAAUUUUUUGUAGACCUUCUAAUGGUGCCAGUUUUUUCAGUUAUUUUUAUCUCCAGCCCUUGUCAAUGAUAAUGAUGAUAUAGCACUUGUCACUCUGCCUUGGAUUCUGUAUCUGUCUCUCUAAUCGGAGGUACAGUCGGUUGAGUAUAAAAUGAGAACCAGAUUCCAGAUCUGGCGCUACCUACAUGCACUGUUCAAUUUUCCCAGUUUACAGUUGGGCGCUCAAGGGAAAACUUGCUUCUCUGCUGACAGAUUAGCACGGUGUCAUUGCUUAGCAUUAAAAGUAAAAAUAAAUAAAAAAGAGGAAGAUUAAAAAAAGGUGUUGAUCUAGAGUCUUUUGCCAGCCAUGUUUCCUUCUGAGAGCUAAACAGAGGUUUUGCUCUUGGGGGUAUAAAUGCAGGAAUUGCCAUACAAACAUAGAGAUGUAAUAAAGCUCAGUGUAGUAAAUUUAGAUUUAAAAAAUGAAUGAAAUCUGUUUUAAAUAACACUUCAAUAUUUUUUAGGGGAAACUGUAUUUAAAUUUUGUUUUAAUUUGUUUUUUUUUUUUUUAUAAUUUUUUGAUGUUUCUCUAAUCUGUUAUGGUAGCAUCCAGGACUUGAUCACUAUGUAAUGAAAAAAAAAGACAACAAAAAAAAAAAACAUGUCUCUGAUCUUUUUGCCUUUACUAUAAAAUACAAGUCUUCAGGUUGAACACAAAUUUGCAUUGAGGAGAGAUUUAUGAUAUAUAAAUAUAUAGAGAGAACCUAAAACACAGGAAAAUGCACACUCUUGUAAGUUCCUAUGUUCAAAACACAUCUAUGGUCUACUUUUUCCUGUAUUUAGAAUGGUAUUUGAAAUUAAUGUUCACUUAGCGUAGGCACUUAUACUAUUUAUGUUGAAGCCUGUAUUUUUAACUAUUUUGCCUGUACUCUUUAAAGGUUUCAGUGUACUCUUUUUUUUUUUUUCUGUAGUGAAAAAAAAAAUCCCAACAAGCUGCCAGCGUAUAUUUUCUUAAUUGGCAGGAUAAUAUAGUGUGAAUAAUUUGUAUGCUUGGGAGAAAAAAAACAUGUUUUCUGAAAAAUAAAAAAAGCUGUGGUAUUCCCCAAAGGGUGAGAGGCCAUAUGAUGGCCUUUUCAGGCAGUCCCGCUGGGGAAGGUGACCACACUGAGGUAAAAACAGGUGGUUGUACAUAUCUUUUUAGUUUGUUUAUAUAUUUCUUUCUCUCCUGCCAUUUUAUAUGCAGAAUACAAGCUAUUGUUGGGUUUUUCUUGGUAGCCAACUUUUUACUGUCUUUGAUCAUGUACCACCUGAAAACAUUCCAGCUGUUUAAAAUAAAAUUAAAAAAACAUUUUAUCAUAUGCAAUCAGUCCAAUAUCAACUUGUAAAAAUUUGUUUUUCAUUGACAAAAUAAACCAUGGUGCUUUUUGAUUAGAAGAUGGUACAACUCAUAUGCAAGGAGUAAAAUCACAAACAGAAAUGUGGGUACAUGCCGCUGAUAUUGGGGUACAUUUAACAUUUAAUCCCGUGUCCUGCAUCUGCUUUCAAGCUGUCUGCUCUGAACUGAACUUGAAGUUGGCCCCUGGCAUAGGCCGACAUUAUUUAUUCUGACUACACAGACAUACACACACACACACACACACACACGCGCGCACACACCUGCUCUGUUCAGAACAGAGUCACUGCAAAAACACAUCAGUUCAGUUCUUCUCCCUUCUUGAUGAAUUGUGACGGCUUAAUUUCUCUGUUUGAUGACCAAAGGUCAUUGACCAACAUCUAUGAGUUUUUGCUCGACUUACAAGUUUCUUGUUUUUAUUGUUUUCAGUUUAUGGAAAUGCCACUCUAUUUUCAGCUGUUUUCUUCACUCAGCCAUUUUGUCUUGAUAAUAAUAAUAAAAUGUAUUAUAUACA